GGUGAAGCUAAUUUGCGUGAGUUGUAGCAGGGCCUGGCUGAGUGAACACAUAAAUACACCCGGAGCUUCUGAUGACGACGACGUCGAAACCCAACGAGCCUGCUGUACAUAUCUGAUGAGUUCACUACACCGUGAAAGGGACAGAUGCGAGUGCGGAUCUUAACUAGAAACUGACAACACACACCACUGGCGCGCACGGCGUGUACGACGAAAGGGAUCCUUGUCUCACAUCGUAACAUGCCGUGGGGAGAGAGGCACCACCGGUAAGAGAACUCUCCCGCAAUCCUGGGGUUUCACUACAGACUGCGGUCCGUCAAAUGGCGCGUCCAGUCAUGGGGGUUUACCAAGAGUUGUUGAUGGUCCUAUUCACGAUCUAUAACUUAGGGAUUGGUAGGCACACCGUUGUGUCUAUGCCUGUGGAGAGUGUACGCAUCGAUGGGAACAUAAUCCUGGGAGGACUCUUCCCCGUGCAUGAGAACGGGAUCAACGGGUGCGGGACCUUCGAUCUGGGUGGAUAUCAGCGAUUAGAAGCGAUGGUUUACGCCUUGGAGAAGAUCAACAACGAUCAGGAAUUAUUGCCUGGUAUAAACAUUGGAGCUUUGAUUCUAGAUACGUGUAGUAGAGAGACUUAUGCACUGGAGCAGACCAUGGAGUUUGUAACAUCUACGAUGACGAGGAUUGACUUAAAUGCUUUCACCUGUCCGAAUGGGAGCACACCGGACUACGAACCCCCGCAGCCAACCAUCGGGGUGGUAGGUGCAGCGGGGAGCCCGGUGUCCACCAUGGUGGCCAAUAUCCUUCGCUUGUUCAAGAUUCCCCAGGUGAGCUACGCCUCCACGAGCCCCGAACUGAGCGAUAAAUCACGGUAUGAUUACUUCCUACGGGUCGUGCCACCGGACACCUACCAGGCCCAGGCCAUGCUCGACAUCGUCACGGCCCUGGGCUGGAAGUACGUUUCCACGGUGGCAUCGGCGGGCAAUUAUGGAGAGGAUGGGAUCAGCGCCUUCAGGAAUCUUACACGAUUCAGUAACGACACAGGCCUGUGUUUGGCGCCCUCUGAAGUCAUACCACGUGACGCCAACAAGGAAUUCUUCGACAAACUGGUGGUUUACCUUUUGAACACCGAGCACGCACGUGGCGUGGUGACCUUUGCGUCGGAGACGGACAUGAGGUCGCUGUUCGCGGCCGUCAGGAGGGCGAACCGAAGCGAUCACUUCAUAUGGAUCGGCAGUGAUGACUGGGGAACUAAGCCCAACCCCGUGGAGGGGCAGGAGACUGUGGCCGAGGGAGCCAUCACACUACUACCGGCCCGAAUACCGGACAAAGGUUUCGAUGAAUACUUCACUUCGCUGACACCUUCGAACGGCUCCAGUGAAGUCUGGUUCCGAGAGUUCUGGGAGAGGACAUUUCAUUGCGUCUUUGAUGAGACUAAAAUAGAGGGGCCGAACAAGAAUAAACUUUGCACUGGACUGGAAAGCAUUUCAGCAGCGAAGUACGAACAAGAGGGCAAGAUAUCGUUCGUGACCGACGCCGUCUAUUCCUUCGCUCAUGCCCUUCACACGAUGCAGGCGGACCUGUGUAAUGGGACAUCGGGUCUGUGCCAGGAACUCCUACGGAUCGACGGUAAACAACUACUGGAUUAUCUCAAAAAUGUGUCAUUCCAGGGAAGUAGUGGCACAGUGCGUUUCAACAAAGAUGGUGACAGGCCAGGUAGCUAUCAACUCUACCAAUAUCAACGAAGAGGAUCCGAGUACCGUUACGAACCCAUAGGAACAUGGCAGGACAAGCUUCGCCUAAACUGGAGCCACGUCAACUGGGGCGACAGUAGAACUGACGGCAUACCAAUGUCCGUAUGCGCCCUGCCAUGUGAUAUCUCCAAGGGAUUGAAGCGCCAGAAAUCACCGGCCGAUGAAUGCUGCUGGGUGUGCUCAAGCUGUGAGCCUUACCAAUACCUGGUCAACGAGUGGGAGUGUAAGAAUUGCACCGAGGGAGAGAGACCUGAUAAAAACCGCACGGGAUGCCAGGAGAUACCAGUGGAAUACCUGACGUGGGAUUCGCCUUGGGCUGUGCCCCCUACCCUGCUAGCGGUCAUCGGUAUUGCGUGUACCACCUUCGUCAUCGCUGUGUUUGUCCGCUACAACAACACGCCGGUCAUUCGCGCGUCCGGACGGGAGCUGUGUUACGUUCUGCUCUUCGGCAUCCUCGCCACCUAUUUCGCGGUCUUCACUCUCAUUGCCAAACCAACCACACUCACCUGUUGUCUUCGGCGGAUCAUGCUAGGCCUAUCUGUUGUUAUCUCGUACUCUGCACUUUACACAAAAACAAACAGAGUGUAUAGGAUCUUUAACAGUGGUAAACGCUCAGUGAGAAGGCCGAAGUACACGAGCCCCAAAUCACAAAUGGUGAUUUGCUUUGGACUUGUGUCGGUGCAGCUCGUCGCUGCCGCCCUGUGGUUAGCAAUAGAUCCACCGAGACCAGCGAAAACUUUCCCCUUUUGGUACCAAGUCAUUUUAGAAUGUGCAGUAACAGACAUGUCUUUAGUGUUAUCAUUGGUGUAUGCAAUGGUUCUUAUCGUGAUGUGCACUUUAUAUGCCUUUAAAACUCGCAAAAUGCCCGAGAACUUUAACGAAGCGAAGUUUAUUGCCUUCGCGAUGUAUACCACAUGUGUAGUGUGGAUCGCCUUCAUACCAAUUUAUAUUGGCACUUCUUCAACCGAUUACAAAAUUCAGCAGACGUUGCUGUGUCUGUGUUUUAUUGUGAGUGCUACAGUCACAUUGGGCUGCAUCUUCGUGCCCAAAAUCUACAUUGUCUUGUUCGCGCCCCAGAAGAAUAAAAAGCCGUCGGGUACAAUGAUGAUGAACAGCCGUAUGAUGAGAUCAACGUGCGGCUCCAUCGAGGGCAAACCCAACGGGGAGAUGAAAGCUCAAAAUCUGAACGCUGGGGCGACGCCAGUCUCUAACACAACGUCCUCUGGUACGUUCACGCCGGAACAUGAGAGACGAUUUUGAGUCAAGAACACCAGAAGAGGAGGCGACAAGAUUCUAGAGACACACUAGAACGAACAAUAAUGGUAUUAUAUUAUGUUCUUGUACAGACAAUAACUAUAUACCCAAGAUGCAGUACACGGAUACUGAAGACGUUUUUAAGACGAUUAAUUGGUGGAGGCUCGCCUGCAAAUUUUCAUGAGGACGCAGGAGGCAAAGUCGACCCGAAGAAAGAAGACUGUGUGACAAUUCGAUUCUCUCGACUGCGAAUGCCAACAGGAAAAGUGACAGUUUUUAAAAUCUACAUUUUGUUUUUCUAUCGCCUGCUUAUUUCGAGAAGUAGCAGAUAAAACAGGGUAUACAUGGACCGAAAUUCAAGAUAUUUCUGCCGUGUUUUCACUUGAAGUUGUUACCUUUUCAACACUGUGACUCGGAGUGGAUUUUGUAUAACUCAUUAGUCAGAAGUAAUUAUUCUAAAGGAAAGAAACAGAUGUUGUAUAUCAUUGUUUUUUUGGUUUUUUUUUAAACGGUACGCGACUGGAAUUUUCAUUUAUUUUGCUCAAGCGUCUAACAUAUACCGAAAGUGGGUUUGCAAAACUGCUAAGGAAAGCAGGAUUGGUGGACAAUGGAUAAGCAAAGUUUGUAUUCGCAAACCCAUCGGGAGGUGGUAAGAGAGUAGGAAAUACACAACUGAAGAAAUUUAUUCAAUAUUUCCGUUGUCUCCGAGAAACUAUGUAAACUAAGUUAUAUAAAAGGCGACCAUGGGUCCGAUUUCUUGCUUCAACAAGAGGCUAAGCACGACAAAGUUAUGCUAGCCGGAGUAUGGUUACCAGCCAAACUACAAAGGACAAUCUGAGCAUGGUAUCCUGCCCAUAUCUGCUAAGCAGAAGUUUGUUCCGCAAUAUUUUGUUUUAUUACACACAAGUGUUGAUGGAUAGACUGCUAAAAACUGGGGUGUUCAAGUAUUCACAAUGGGUGUUGUCACAUAUAGAUACCCAAAAGAACAUAAAAUGCAUAUAAUAGGGUUCGAAAAUUACACUUAUUUCUUUUUCCAACACAUUUGCUUUCUCCAAAAGACGAUCAGAGCAUACUGAUCGAAACGUCGAGUUUAAACCAACGGUUCUUUUCAGAACCACCCCAACCCUUUAGAGAUAGUCAUUACAUGGUGUUGCCGCAAACCUUUCCAUAUCAACACAUUUUCAUAGGUGUUAUAUAUCUGAACACCCCAGUUUUGCAGUGUUUAGACUUGCAAGCAUGAUUGCUUUUGUCCUCAACUUAGUUGCAGACAUCGCCACUUUGCGGGUUUUUUUGGCUUCGCACAGCACGAUCAAGGUAGACACAUGAUGACAGUGGUAGCCAAAUUGGCCAAGACCACCAGGACAGGUUUCUAAAACUUUUUUAUAAAUCAGGUUAAUCAGUUAAAAAAAAUUGCAAAGCGUUGUAACCUUUUCUCAUUCUUGUUAAUAGUCCCAACAAAUAUUUUACUUUACUUUAAAAGUGCAAUUAUGACAAUGAAAGCGCAGUACAUGUACUUGAAUCGGUAUCUAAAGUGCAUGCAAACAAAUAUAUAUAUUUUUUAAAGACAACUAAUAGUAACUUUUAAAGUAUGUAAAUUUAAUCAACACAAUAAGCUCACAAGGCCGUUAUCUUGCCGCAAAUAAUUAACCAAGGGCUUGCAUGCUACCUAAAAGUACUUAAGUUAUAUUUAGCCUUCGAGAAAGACUCUGCUAGGGUCGAAACGUCAUGCCAUUAUCUAUCCUUUUGCAAUUUUACUACAGAUCCUUUUGGUUUGUAAGCAGUUUGCCAAAAACAAAUUCUAUUUGUUAAACUGUUUUGUUUUAAAGGCGUGUACCGAACACCAUUCUGUCCAGACACCUUGGCUAUGACGUCAAAGGCCCAAACAACGCCCUCACUAGUGUCAAAGACAAAUUAGUCACUAGCUGAAACUUUUCCACAGCGUGUACACGCUUGCAAGUUUCUAUUGUGACGGUGGCCAAUACCAUGUUACUGUUUUGUCUUUCUUACUUUCCACGGAAUUUCCUCUUCAGUAAUUUUGUUUUGUUAAUGAUUGUUUUGGGCUGUAUGUCAAUAAUAAUGAUAACAACACGAAAGAAUUAUCUAGCGGAUGGAAAAGGUGGAGUAAUUGAUAAGUUUGAGUGAAGAGACAGGUUGUGAGAUUUGGUAUAUUUUGCUUGAAAAUUGAAAUGAAGUUUAGAUCGCUGAGUGUAUCACAUCGGUUUGGACGCACACAAAAUGGCUACCGAGUUUGGUGCUAAAAAUUAUAAGUUGACUAUAGUGAUCAAAAGCUCUUCAAGUACCAGCUAGCAUUGUGCUUUUUAGAAGAAAAAAAAAUCAAAUUGACAGUGUGUUUUGCAUGUUCGCAAGUUUGACAAAUCUCUUCACACCAUUACAGACAAUGGAAUCACAUGAUCAGUGUAAACAAAAUGGCGGCUCCAAUACAAUUUACGUAUGUUCUCACGACGUUCCAGGAACGAAGGCACGACGCAAUGUGACUUAAUUGUUUUACAAAACAAAAGACCGACAGUGAAACAAGUGGUAAUCACGACGACGACACCGACAACGACGGCUAUUGCAUGCUGCAUUCGAAUAAAACACUGAACAGUUGUUUCCUUUACAACGACUGAUAAAGGCCACUAUAGAGCUGAG